GCUGGACCGAGGCUUCCUGCCGAGGGGACUCCCAACUACUCUCGCACCUCCACGGUCCCCACCUCCCGCCGUUCCACUCUCAGCCAGACAGACGGACCGGCUGACUCACGACAUCACAAAAGCGCGCGGCAGAGUGAAACCCAGUGCAGCGAAGUGCGGCUCUCUUCUCCCACCUGGUGCACAUCCCCCACGGGCCGGAGGAAUGGAGUGGGAGUCCCCGAGAUUAGGGGCGCAUGUUUACCCCGGGGACACACCUGUUUUCGGCUCUCGUUGAAUUCAAGCAGGGUGCCGGAUCGCGCGAGGGGGUUCCGACACAGACACGCCGGUUGGCAGCUUUGCGCCCGAGGGUGUCGCGAGCCGAGGCGACGAGGGCAGAGCGCCUCUGGCCCAGCCAGCCGGGCGGGAUGCGGCGCGGGCUGCAGCGCUAACCGCCCCCACGCUGGGCACUGGGCGUACGCGCUCCGGGCUGCAGGGGGAGCGGCGGCGGCGGAGGGGAUGCGCCCGGGACGCGCAAGGCUCCUGCCGCGAGCUGCCAACCCGAGGUGGACCCUAAGGGCUCAUCGCAGGACCGCGCGGACCCCUGCCCUCCGGGGCACGCGGCUGCGGAGCCUCGGGGCCGCGUCUGCGGUCAGGAUGCCCUGGGCACCUCCCUGCUGGUGAGGAUGCCCUACUGCGCGGCUCCGCAUCCCCAGCCCCGGUCCCUGGUGGGCACGACUGCCUGGGCCCGGCUUCCGCCCCUCCUGCCGGUGGAUGAAAAGCGCCGGAGUCCCUGAGUGCGAUCGGCGAUCGAAUCUGAAUUCUAAGAGCCAUGGAAGGAGGCACUGGGCUGCAGCCCCAGGCGGGAGAGCAGCUGGAAGCCAGCGCCAGAGUAGGAGCGGUCCAAGAGAAGUGCGAACCCGAGACCUUUAGGUCCAAGAGUUUACCCACCCUGAACAGCGCCUCCUGCAGGCCAGACCUGAAUCCCGCCGGAGAAGACUCCAAGCCCGCCUCCGGCCAUCAGGAGUUGAAGCCAGGCCCUGGCCCGCGGGCCCCCAGCCCCUCCGCCCCGUCUACUUCGGCAGAGACGGCAGGGCUGGUGGAAAGUCACCACAGGGUGGAAAUCGGCAAACCCAUUUCGGUGUCCUCCACUUUGGCCAUGCUCCAGGGCAGAAGGUGUCUCUAUGUGGUCCUCACCGAUUCCCGUUGUUUCCUGGUUUGCAUGUGCUUUCUGACCUUCAUCCAGGCGUUAAUGGUCUCCGGGUACCUGAGCAGUGUCAUCACCACCAUCGAAAGGCGCUACAGCCUGAAGAGUUCCGAGUCGGGGCUGCUGGUCAGCUGCUUUGACAUCGGGAGCUUGGUGGUGGUAGUGUUCGUCAGCUACUUUGGCGGCCGGGGGCGGCGGCCCCUGUGGCUGGCCGUGGGGGGGCUCCUCAUCGCCCUGGGGGCCGCCCUCUUUGCUUUACCUCACUUCAUCUCGCCCCCCUACCAGAUCCAAGAGCUGAACGCCUCGGCGUCCAACUACGGCCUGUGUCAGAAUGGCAACUCCUCGGCCACGGCGGAGCCUCCCACCUGCCUCAAGGACUCGGGGGGGAACAGUCACUGGGUCUACGUGGCUUUAUUCGUUUGCGCGCAGAUUCUCAUUGGAAUGGGCUCCACACCUAUUUAUACCCUGGGACCAACCUACUUAGACGACAAUGUCAAGAAAGAAAACGCAUCCUUGUACCUAGCCAUCAUGUAUGUCAUGGGAGCACUUGGUCCUGCAGUGGGAUAUUUGUUAGGUGGACUUCUUAUUGGUUUUUACGUUGAUCCCAGAAGUCCCGUUCACCUUAAUCAGGAUGACCCUCGUUUCAUUGGAAACUGGUGGAGUGGAUUCCUCCUUUGUGCCAUUGCAAUGUUUCUUGUGAUAUUCCCAAUGUUUACUUUUCCAAAAAAGCUUCCUCCUCGACACAAGAAAAAGAGAAAGAAAAAAUACUCUCCUGAUGUUGCUGGUGACGAUGACGUUAUGAAGGAGAAACCAAACAAUUGUGAAGAAGUGGACAAAAAAGUUUCUUCUAUAGGAUUUGGAAAGGAUGUCAGAGACCUACCAAGAGCAGCUGUCAGGAUCUUAAGCAACAUGACAUUCCUUUUUGUGAGUUUGUCAUACACAGCUGAGAGUGCCAUUGUAACUGCUUUCAUUACCUUCAUUCCCAAGUUCAUCGAGUCACAGUUUGGUAUUCCAGCUUCCAAUGCCAGCAUCUACACUGGCGUCAUCAUUGUCCCCAGUGCCGGUGUUGGGAUUGUCCUUGGAGGCUACAUCAUAAAAAAAUUGAAACUUGGUGCAAGAGAAUCUGCAAAACUAGCGAUGAUCUGCAGUGGUGUGUCUUUACUGUGCUUUUCAACCCUGUUUAUUGUUGGAUGUGAAAGUAUCAAUCUAGGUGGCAUAAACAUCCCGUAUACAACAGGACCUUCUCUGACCAUGCCUCACAGGAAUCUGACAGGAAGCUGCAAUGUGAAUUGUGGUUGUAAAAUACACGAGUAUGAGCCAGUCUGUGGAUCGGAUGGAAUUACAUACUUUAACCCUUGUCUGGCUGGCUGUGUUAAUAGUGGUAACGUGAGCACUGGGAUACGGAACUACACAGAGUGCACCUGCGUCCAAAGCCGCCAAGUGAUCACGCCCCCCACAGUGGGGCAGCGCAGCCAGCUCCGCGUGGUCAUCGUCAAGACGUAUCUCAAUGAGAACGGCUAUGCUGUGUCUGGGAAGUGUAAACGGAGCUGUAACACCCUCAUCCCGUUCUUAGUUUUCCUGUUCAUAGUGACCUUCAUCACAGCAUGUGCCCAGCCGUCAGCCAUCAUAGUCACUCUCAGGUCCGUAGAAGAUGAAGAGAGACCUUUUGCCCUGGGAAUGCAGUUUGUUUUGUUGCGAACACUUGCGUACAUUCCUACUCCAAUCUACUUCGGAGCAGUCAUUGACACCACCUGCAUGCUCUGGCAGCAGGAGUGCGGCGUGCAGGGCUCUUGCUGGGAGUACAAUGUCACAUCAUUUCGUUUUGUCUAUUUUGGUUUGGCAGCCGGCCUCAAAUUUGUUGGCUUCAUUUUUAUUUUUUUGGCCUGGUACUCCAUUAAGUACAAGGAGGAAGAACUGCAGAGGCAGAGGUGGAGAGAAUUCCCUCUGAGCACCGUGAGUGAGACGGUGGGCCACACCGACAGUGCCGAUAAGUCUGUCCGGACUAGAUCUUGCCCAGCUUUCAGCACCCAGGGAGAACUCCACGAAGAGACUGGUCCGCAAAAAGGGAUCCAGUACGCAGCACAGACCUAUCCGGGGCCCUUCCUAGAAGCAAUAAGUUCCUCCCCAGACCCGGGCCUGGAAGAAAGCCCUGAUGCCAUGUAGCCUCCCUUCUGAAGCUUGAAAAUGGAAGACUUUUGUGGGUUGAGUUGAAUAUGGUGACUUGAGAAACACCCGUGCCUUCUUUUCUUUCUUUCUUUUUUUAACCUCUAAAGACGCAAUCCUCAAACCAACAAAACUCAGUAUACACAGCCACUGUUGAUUGAGGGCUGGAUACCUCAACAAGACUGAGCCUUUCCCCCCUUCUCUCCAAGAAGGAGGAGUUUAGAUAGAUUUGUUACCGUUUCUGAGAUGUUAAUUUUGAUGCUUAUGCUCCAAUAUAAGGCUGGGUGCAUGAUUAACAAAAUCAUGGGAAGUGUGAUGGCGGUGCAUGUCAUCAGCGUGCACUCUGAACAAGGGUGAGCUUGACCAUGAUUUUGCAUUUACAAAGCAGAGUUUUUAGAUGUGAACACCUACUGUGAGUCCUGCUACAAAGCACAAAUGAAUUUGCCUCAACUAUGCAAUUUGAUUGGGAAACUGUAAGUGCAGCAUGUUACUUUUGGUGUCAGAGACUAAAGCAGAUACGGUUCUGAAAUUAGGAAGCUAAACUUUCCCUAAAGUACUGUUAGUAGCAUUUUAAGCCAUAGCAGAGCUAAAAAUCAGGUAGAACUUUUCAAACGCUUCAAAGGAACCAUAAGCGUAGCGUGAAAAAGGGAACAGCUACUUAGUUUCAUAAGACACAUUCUCUUUUAGUCUAUCUGCCCCACCGUAAAGGAGUUAAAGAAGCUGCUGAAUCAUGAACCUGAGAGCUUGAAUAUCAACUUCAGGGUUCUUUCAUAAGGGGCUUUAACACUUGUGUGCUAAACAAUAUGGCUAGAAACUGUCAUUUGAGAUGCAUAAUAAGGAAAGAAACUGAUGGCUUUCUCAUCCAAAGAAAAUUGCUGCAGAAAUUCUUUUAGUUUUUUUUUUUUUUAAUAAAUUUAUUUAUUUAUUUUUGGCUGUGUUGGGUCUUUGUCGCUGCAUGCGGGCUCUAGUUGGCAACGAGUGGGGGCUACUCUUCAUUGCGGUGCACGGGCUUCUCAUUGUGGUGGCUUCUCUUGUUGUGGAGCAUGGGCUCUAGGCGUGUGGGCUUCGGUAGUUGCAGCGCACAGGCUCAGUAGUUGUGGCUUGCGGGCUCUAGAGCUCAGGCUCAGUUGUUGCGGUGCAUGGGCUUCGUUGCUCCGUGGCAUGUGGGAUCUUCCCAGACCAGGGCUCGAACCCGUGUCCCCUGCAUUGGCAGGCAGAUUCUUAGCUACUGCGCCACCAGGGAAGCCCUCUUUUAGCUAUUAAGGGCCCACAUAAGGGUUGUUGAGGAUUGUAACCUUGACACUCAAAAUAGUUGGAAAAAGAAAUCCCACAGAAGUAAGAUUGAGUCUCACCUGACCAUUUUAGUUACAUACCUGGAAGCACUAGCCCAUGUGUAGCUUUCUUUUUUAUGUGCAGAAAAUUGCUGCAGUCACUCUGAAAUGGAGUCACUUAAUCAGGAAGAUCACCUUGAACACAGGAGGAGGGAGAUCUGUGAGCUGGAUUUAGGUUAUGAUCCCACGUAAUGGUUAAAAAUUAUGUAAAAUAAACUGGUCUGUCAUACUGAAUCCUACCUUAUCUGAAUCAUUUUAUAGCUCCAUUUAAUUCCUUUCUACUGUAACCUUCCCGAAGUGACUCUGAGAGAGGAUUUUUCUGUUCCUAAAUGCACUUGGGGUUCAACAUCCAUCAUCCUUUUCAGUAUCUCCCAGCACAUCACUUUGAUGUAGAUGCCACACAGGAUGUUUUCUAUGUGGUCUUUAAGGUAGUUGCCUCCUGACGGCACUGUGGACUGAUGGCAAGUUAACUCAUGGAAUCUGGCUGCUCAGAAAAAGAAUCAUGACAACUCAGACUUAGGAAGGACUAUAAUGUACAAAUAUCAAUAUGAUUGUGGACGGUUUCUGCCAAUGAGCCUAUGCUUCUAUAAGGCUAAUUUGGGAAAUGGUUUCCUUGGCUGAUUUACAGUCUUCCACAGAAGGGAUGAGACUGACCCAUGAUUCUGGCUUUUUGCCCUCCAUCCAUGGCUGCAUAAUUGGAGUUGUGUGAAUAUUCCUGGGUUCAAGGUUGUUUUCUUCUCUACCUAGGAAUGUCAUUGGUCAAAUGGUUCUCUUGGUUGCAUGCAGUUUAUGGAGAGCGUUCUCAUUGUUAGACUAAAUAAUGUCUACAAGGGGUGGAGUCAGUGGUCCCAGGUGGCAAGGACUUCCCUUGGGGCAGACUUGUUUGGCUAAGUCAUAAGAAGCAUCGUUGCCUGUAAUUACACUGUGUCUGUCAAACUUUGGUCAACUUGGUGUAGUUUGAAGGUCUUCAGAGAAUUUUGCUGAUUAUCUUCAUGUCUACUCUGGGGGCUUAGUGAUCCCCUUUACCCUUUGUGGGAGAUCUUUAAUCCUUUAGAAGAGAAAGUUUCCUUUUGUGUUGGAGCUAAAGAUAUGUAGGUUGGGAAGAGGUAUUUUCUUAACUUUCCUCUGAUGGUUAAGAAACUGCACUGAGAGAAUUUUAGUGGGAUUGGCACUUUUUUUUUUUUUUUGGUAGCUAAGAUUGUGUGUUCCAACACUCUUAGAAUUUAUCUCUUCUUAGUAGCACAUUUUGAAAAGGAGCUGCUCUUAGAAAUCUACGAUCUGAAACGAUGGACUCAUCAAGUAAAAUUAGAGACCCCCUCCCCCUUCUCUACCGUGAACAGUCAUCCAGUUAAGCCAUCACUGACUGAGCACCAUUUCCCUAUCAGGCACUAUUUUACCUAAUUACCAUCUGCCAAUCUAUGAAAUCCUUUGGGUUGAUUAGGCCAUAAUUCAAAGAAAUUGGCCUGAACUGUACACCACAAUGUUAAUAUUGUACUUCCUCAAGUAUCUGGUACUUAUAAAUAGCAGGUAUAUCAUUAUUGUGUUGUUGGUGAAUGUAGAGUAAGUAGUAAAAAUCUUGGGGGACUGAUGUUUUGGAAUAUGUACCAAAUAAGAGUUGUCCCCAAAAUGCUUUGGGUUCUGGUGGCAUCAUUGGACUAUUACAUAGUCAACUGAAGUGACUACUUGAUAGAUGACACCAUUUAAUUGUAUAUAUAUAUGAGGUCCUUAUAUGCUUGAUAAUAAAUUGGUCGUGUUAAUUUAGAGUCACCACUCCUGUUAAAAGUUUAAUUGCCACUCUCCAUUAGCUUAGGCUUCUAAUUACUUAUUUUUUGGAAAGGUCACCUUCUUCUUUUAAAAACUCUAUAGAUUAAUGUAUUAUUUGACUUUAAUAUGCAAAUAUAAUAUCCUUGAGUCUAGCCUAUUAAUUUAGAAACCCCAGGGGGUGGAGUGGCAGUUAGUACACAUUAUUUUGGUUAUCUUCUGUAGCUUGAAAUCCAUAUCCUUUGUAGGUGGAUGUAACUCUUGAAAACAGUCAAAAGUCAUUCAGAACUAGGGUAGGGGAAAGAAAGGAGCAGCAGAGAGGAAACAAAUCAGCAUUUGUUGAAUGUUGACUAUUGGCAGAGCAUUUUGUCAAGCACUUAAUAUACAUCAUGCAUUUAAAUCCUCUUAAUAACUUUGCAAGAUAACUAUUUUUAUUGUUUUUCCUUUUUUUAAACAGAUCAUGAAAACUGAGGCUCAGAGAGUUAACGUGAUUCGUUUAGGAUUGUACAUAGUGGCCAAGUCAGGGUUCAGACACAUGUUUCUCUAUUGUACACUUCUUACACUACAUAAUGCUGUACAGUAGUUUUGGUUAACAUAGGUAAGAUGUGACUAUAAGAUAGUGAGGUGAAGCAUUUCAUUUUUUGAUGUGUUACUGUUUCUGAAGAGUAGAGAAAUUAUUAUUUCCUUGUGUAAAACAGAAAAAAAAAUCUGUAGGAAACAUCAAAAUUGAAUGUUUUGAUUUUCAAGGUAAAUUUACAUUUAUUUACCUAAGUCUUAUAUUCACAAUUGUUUGUCCUGACAUACCUCAAGUAUUUAUUUAUAGUUCCUAUUUAAUAUAGAACAAAUCCAAUUUUAAUGUUAACAUUUAGUCUCGGUAGAGUUUCUGAAAUGAAUCAUAAUGAGGAAAGGUGGUUCAGAUUUGUUGAAUCUGAGUUUUGGGGAUUUCAAGUGUAUGCUUUUUUUUUUUUUUCCCCCUGUUUCAGAAUGUUAACAUUUAUAUUAGUUUUUUAAAGUGACUAUAGCUUUUAAGUUUCUUAAUAAAAGUUUUAAACGGACACAUACAAAGUGUUACAUGUUAAGUGAACAGAUACGAAGUGCUGUAUGUUAUAAACCAAACCACAACCCGAUUAUUCCUGAUUGUUACCAUUAGUAGCUGCAGGAAAAAACAGGAGCAUGUGCCUAGAAAUGUCAGCUUACCUGUAGGAGGUAAUGGCAGCCCUACCUUUUUACCAACCACCAAGACACUUCUCCCUUAGUCUGCAUUUCCAGCUUACAUUGUUUGGUGGACUUGGAGCCAGAGAGUUUCUUUUUGGAGCCUGUUUUGAAUCAACUACAAGUGCACCAAAGGGAAGAGAAGCUUCAUAGUUUGAAUGGACCUGAAGCAUUUGCAGAGAUUCUCUAGUUGUGCCCGGAAGCAGCAGGAGAGGCCAAGCCUGGAGUGGUAGCCAGUUACACUCUGUGAUGUUGUGUGUACUUAACACAUCCUAAGUGGCACAGAAAUAUGAAUAUAACUAUUGAUAUAUAGAUGCAUACUGAGUAGUCUAAGUAGCAGAUAGAUAUCAAAAUACUGCAUAAUCCCAGAAUUGCCUAGACUGCAGUUUUGCUAAUUCUGUUAUACAGACUGGUAGAUAUCCUUUACACACACAUAUUUGCAUUUCCUCUUUCAUGGAAGGGGAGGGAGUGCCAGGGCUGGUAAGGCGAAGUUCGUGGCCUCGCGCACUUUAUCUUUUCUGUCUUCUCUCCUUUCCUUACCUUCCAGGAUGCUGCUGGUAUCUGUCCCAGACUUCUUGCCACAUAGGAAUCAGAUCUGUGUAUGUUUGAAGAGGUUAUUUUAAGCACUUCGUUUUUACUCAGCCCUAGGAAGGGUCAUAUAUGACGAAAACCCUCCCUGGGUAUUUGCUUUUGCAACAUUAAAAAAUAAAUGCCUCGGUGCUAAAAGUAUUUGAUGACGCAUGCUCACCGCAACAAUGCACCACUGAAUUCACAGUAUUUCACUGAUAAGGGGCAGCAUGUGCUUUGCUUUUGGAAAUCUGAAGAACUUCUCAGAAAACAAGCGCUCAUUACUCUCGUUACUACAGCUAAUCCAUGAACUUUACACUGCAAAAAUGAAGAGUGUAAGGGGGAGUACUUUUCUAUGGAAAACUCAGCGCUUUUGAUAUUUAUUUAAGCAAGAAUAAUCAGAUGCUACAAAGAAUUUCAGAGAGAGGGGAAAAUAUAUUUCAGAUAAUCUUUUCUUAUUUCUUCUCCAAAAAAACCUUACACCCAUGUAAGGUGUUUUUAAUAUUGAGGUUUUGAAGGUGUUGUCUUUUUCUGGUAUUCUACUGUUACAUAUUAAAAUUGAAGGAGAAGAUAUUAUUGAAAACUAAAGUAAUUGCAGGGAUAUAUUAAACCAAAGGGGUGAACAAACAAGUUUAAAGUUUGUAUGUAGAAAUGAAAAAUAAGGAUAAUUGGUAAGGUAUUAUAGUGGGCAUUUUUCUUAAAAUACAUACCUCUACCCCAAAUAUUAAUUUAGAAACAUGAAACAGGCAGGUCAGCCUCUAACUCUUUAGUUAAAGGAAAUGUAAUACUGUGUCAAAUAAACUGGCAUUAGGAUCCUAGCGGAGUGUGUGUUCAGCGUGUGUGUUUUUGUGCGUAGGGGUGUGCUUGUGAUGAAAGGCUGUUUUGAGUUGUUGCAUAAAGGAGUUUGAUUUUGUGAUUUUUAAAAUGAAUAUUUAUUUGGAGACCUCUUAGGGUAAUGUAAAAGAUGUAUAAUUCCUGUGUUUAAUGAAAUCUAUUGUCAAUGUACUAAUAAACCUUGGUUUACAACA